AAAAACGAAAAACUCAGAAACAGAAACAGAUACCGGAUUCGUUUCUUCCAUUUCUUUGAGUUUUCAAAGGGAGGCGAAGGGGGUUGGUCGUUGCUUCCUUCACCUCGAAGAUGAACGGCGGCCCAUCUGGUUUCUACAAUGCUCCUGUCACAAAAACAUUCGUUAUUGCGUGUGCCCUCUUCACGAUCUUCCUUGGGAUUCAAGGCCGUUCGUCGACGCUCGGAUUAUCGUAUCAGGAUGUUUUUGGAAAGCUUCACCUCUGGAGGUUUCUGGCAUCAUUUAUUACCUUCUCAUCAACACCAGAACUGAUGUUUGGAUUGUAUCUUCUUUACUACUUCAGGGUUUUUGAAAGACAGAUAGGGUCUAAUAAAUAUUCAGUCUUCAUCUUGUUCUCUGUGAUAAUUUCAUCACUGUUUGAGGUCCUCACAUUGGCAUUCCUUAAAGAUCCUACCUUAAACAUUCUGGCAUCUGGACCCUAUGGCCUUAUUUUUUCUUCAUUUGUGCCCUUCUACUUUGACAUUCCAGUUUCAACCCGGUUCCGUAUAUUUGGUAUUAACUUUUCUGACAAGUCGUUCAUAUAUUUAGCUGGUCUUCAGCUUCUUUUAUCAUCCUUGAGAAGGUCUGUUAUACCAGGAAUGUGUGGCAUUCUUGCUGGUUCUCUCUAUCGCCUUAAUAUUCUUCACAUUCGCAGAAUGAAGUUUCCAGAGUUUGUCACUUCAUUUUUUUCACGCCUCUAUGGGCUUUAUCCGGGAGGUUCAUCUCCAAGAUCAUCAAGCAGGAAUAUUACUGGGACUGCACCUUCUUUCGUGGGCCGCCAAGUGGAGAGAAACUAUCCUGCUACUCUCCAUGCUUCCACAACAGAGCCACCCGAGGAUUCCAUUGCUACACUGGUGUCAAUGGGUUUUGACAGAAACUCAGCAAGGCAGGCACUCGUGCACGCUAGAAAUGACAUUAAUGUAGCGACAAACAUCCUCCUUGAGGCACAGUCCCACUAAUUUAAUCAGAGUUAAAUUUUGCUAGGAUAAAAAAGGACAGCCAGGUUGGUCGAUGAAGCAUUACAGAUCCAUCAGUCUACAGGGACAACCAUCAAGGAAGAUCAACGAUUAUACUGUUUUCAUCUUCUUGUUCAUCUUUCUGUUUCCCCUCUUGGCUUGGGUUCAAGAUGACAGUUUUACACACUAAUGAAACUAAGAUUAGGAGCCUGUAUAAUUGUUUACGGUAUUUUUGAACUUGCACAUCAUUUGAGAGAGACUCAAUAUUGUAAAGUUGUUGCUUCAGCAAUGCAGGUUGGUCAGCUGUGGAUCUGAUAUUUAUUUGGUCAUUUGUACAUUAUCUAGAGAUCCCAUUGCUUGAAGAAUUCAGGAA